CCCUGGCUGAGCCUUGCGUGGGCAGUGCGAGACUGCCCGCCCAAAAUGCCCUGAAGUGGGGGAGCCCAGAUAGGACCACCGGGGCCGUAGGCAUAUUCGCAAUGCCGGAUCUCCAUGCUGAGAUCUCCACUUCUACAGGAACUGUUCAUCUUCUGCCUGCGGUCUGUAUUAAAGGGAGGCGGCAAGGGGCUCAAAAAUACAGAGAAGGCCUUGAGCUAGCUCUCAUCCUCCACCGCCGCAACGCAGCAUUUUAUAUAUAUUUUGGCCAGGACAUUCUCCUUUCACCAUGAGCCUAGUUGACUCCGCAACCGCUGCUCCUGCGGCCCAAGAGGCAACCCCAGCUGCUGCUGCUGAUACCGCUGAUGUCUCUACUGCUCCACCGGCCGCAGCCCCUGCUGAAGCUCAAGCCGCCAGCAGCGACUUGCUCGUUGUGCACCAUCUGAACGACUCCCGAUCCCAGCGUAUCCUCUGGCUUCUCGAGGAGCUGCAGAUUCCUUACACAAUCAAAAAGUAUCAGCGCACGCCCCUGGGCCUGGCGCCCAAGGAGCUCUUCGCUGUUCACCCCCUCGGCAAGAGUCCGGCGAUCACGGACAACGGAAAGAUCGUUGCAGAGAGUGGUGUCAUUAUCGAGUACCUGAUUAAGAAAUAUGGCAAGGGUAAAUUCGUUCCCACUUUGGAGGAUAGCAAGAUGCAAGACACAUUUUGGCUGCACUGGGCUGAAGGAUCGGCCAUGAACUGGUUGCUCAUGAAGCUUAUCUUCACGAUUGUUCCUCAGAAGGCCCCUUUCAUUGCUCGUCCCAUUGUCAGCGGCAUUUUCAGUAGCGUGUGCACCAAGUUGGUCGACCCCGAAGUGCAAAAGAUAGGCAAUUUCGUUUCCAACGAGCUCACAAAGACGAAUGGAGGUUGGCUUGCUGGCGGAGACGGUGAUGGAAACCCCACCGCUGCCGACUUUCAGAUGAUGUUCGUCGCCGAAGCAAUGGCCUCUGGCCGUCUGCCAAAUGUGCCCGACUCGAUCAAAACCUACGUUCAGAAAAUUCAUGAGCGCACCGCGUACAAGCGCGCUCUCGAGAAGGGCGGCACGUAUGCAUACGGCAAGCUCUAAGCUCUGCUUCCUAUUGAUUCCUCUCCAGUCUCGCCAUUACCACCAAACCAAGUCGAAAGGGAGCUUCGGCAACCAUUGAAAGUGCAUCUGCACGCAAAACGGGAUUUACAUUAGGCUUUCUUUACCCUCUGUGCCCUUUUAACCGUUUGUAGCACUUCAAAAUAUAUGAAACCAUGGCCGAAAAGUGCUGUGCAUAUCGAGC